AUGACAAACUCGUCGAAGAGGAGCAGAAGAUCUGAACCAGCAGCCUCAGUUGAGCCCAUAGAGUUCAACAAGGAUCAGUAUUCCAUUCUCAUGGAAAUCAAGGAUCAGCAUGAAUUGAAGGCACCGACAGAAAUGAAGACGCCCUACAGAAACAGGGACAAAAGUAAGUACUGUCAUUUCCACAAAGAUUGUGGUCAUGAAACGAAUGAGUGCAAGCAUCUAAAGAGAGCACUAGAGGAUUUAGCCCGAAAGGCCGGAGGUCCUACAACUCGCAGCCACAAAAACUAUCUGAGGGAACUCAACCAGGUGAUGCUCACCAAUCAGGCAGAGUCUGAUCCUUUCCCUAAAAUAGUGGUCAGCAAGCAAGAUCGAGGAAAGAUAAGAACCCCUCAUGACGACCCACUGGUGGUAGAGAUGAAGAUUGCUAAUCUCAAGGUAAGACGGAUCCUGAUUGAUACAGGAAGUUCUACCGAUAUUAUCAGUGCGGAUUGUCUAUCAAGAUUAAAGUUUGAUAAAAAUGAUUUGGUUCCCGUGAAUCAUCCGAUUAUUGGUUUCGGCGGAGGAGUUAUCCAUCCCAUGGGGACGGUUACCCUACCCGUCAGGGUUGGAGAUAAGGAGGCUGCAAGAACGCAUUUCGUGAAAUUCCUGGUAGUACGAGAUCUGACAGCUUACAAUGUCAUCCUCCGACGACCUACCUUGAAUCACAUUAAGCCGUCAUUAUGA